AUGCUACGGCGCACCCCAACGACUUCUGAUGGGAAACCUGUAGAUAGGUUACAAGAGAGCACGCGCGUAAACAAGCCAUUCAAACCCCCAUCGCUUGUCAACGCUUCCGAGCGCGUCCAGCCUCAGCGCAAGCGCAAGCGGGUUUCGUACAAAGAUGCAGCGGUUGACGAGAACGACAGUGACGACGACGAUGCAAGAAAGAAGAAAAAGAAGAAGGGAGACAAAGACGGGACUUACAACGAGGAAGAGUUGAAAGCUGCUAUCAAGACCUUUCCAGUGUACAAGCCUAAGCCAUUCGAUAUGCUGCGCAGGUUCUCAAUGCCAACUAUGACGAACAAGAGCGGAGAAAAGGUGCACAUUCUGCCUACCAAUGCAUCUCUGGGGAUUCGUCCACCGACCAAGAUCUUCCCUCGCCCGUUACAUGAUCCAAUGGAGGACCAUGCCAUUGUCCUCUACGACCCUACGAUCGAUGACCGCGAAACAGACGAAGAGAAGAAGGAAAGAGAGAAGGAGGAAGCUAAAGAGAAGGCAGCCAAGGAAGCACAAAAGAAGACUGCAGGGAUGUAUAAUCCGCAUAAGAAUCUACGGACGCUCCUGGGCGAAGGCAAGGACAAGAAAGAGAAAACACAGAAAGUCCCUGUAGUAAUUGACCCUAGACUCGCAAAGGUUCUACGUCCACAUCAGGUUGAGGGCGUGAAGUUCUUGUACAAAUGUACUACCGGUAUGAUGGUGGACAACCAGUACGGCUGCAUUAUGGCCGAUGAAAUGGGUCUUGGCAAGACCCUACAAUGCAUCGCAUUGUUAUGGACCUUGAUUAAGCAAUCCCCUCACGCGGGAAAGCCCACCAUAGAGAAGUGUAUUAUAGCAUGUCCUUCUAGUUUGGUGAAAAAUUGGGCGAACGAACUUGUCAAGUGGCUAGGCAAAGAUGCCAUUUCAGAGCUUGCAGUGGAUGGCAAAGGUGGCAGAGGCGAACUCCAUGGGAAGGUUGUUCGGUGGGUAGAAGCAACGGGUCGGAAUGUUACACAACCAGUGAUGAUCGUUUCCUAUGAAACCCUUCGUACUCUAACCGCGCAUUUGGCCAACUGUAGCAUUGGCCUCCUGCUCUGUGAUGAAGGCCACAGGUUGAAGAACUCUGGCAACCAGACAUUCCAAGCCCUGAAUUCGCUCAAUGUCAAGAGACGAGUCAUUCUUACAGGAACACCCGUUCAGAAUGAUCUCUCGGAAUAUUUCUCCCUCUUGAACUUCGCAAACCCUAACUUCCUUGGCUCUCGAGAUGACUUUCGUAAAAACUUCGAGAACGCUAUUAUUCGUGGCCGCGACGCGAGCGCCAGUGCAGAAGUACAAGCUCAAUGCGAGAAGAAACUCAAGGAACUUGGUGGUCUUGUCACUAAAUUCAUCAUUCGGCGAACAAAUGACCUAUUGUCAAAGUACCUACCGGUCAAGUACGAGCACGUCGUGUUCUGUGGACUUUCUGACUUUCAGCUUGCCUUGUACCGCCUUUUCAUCUCCUCACCCGAGAUCAAGGCGUUACUUCGAGGCACGGAUUCCCAGCCACUCAAGGCAAUCAAUAUCCUCAAGAAGCUUUGCAACCAUCCUGAACUGCUCAACCUUCCCUCCGACCUCCAUGGUUCCGAAAAGCUUCUACCUGAAGGCUAUGGUGGCGCGGGCGCCACAGCGCGCGACAAAGGCAAGAACCAGACGGUGCGGUGUGAUUGGGGAGGAAAAUUUUUGGUCCUCGAGCGGUUCUUGCAUCGCCUCAAGACAACUACCAAUGACAAAAUUGUGCUCAUUAGCAAUUAUACGCAGACGCUUGACUUAUUUGAGAAGCUGUGUCGAAGCAAGAAGUAUGGCUUCUUUCGCCUUGAUGGGACCAUGACGGUCACCAAGCGCCAGAAGCUCGUGGAUCAGUUCAAUGAUCCAAAUGGGAAGGAAUUUGUUUUCCUGCUAAGUAGUAAAGCCGGGGGAUGUGGUAUCAAUCUUAUAGGCGCCAACAGACUGAUCCUUUUUGACCCUGACUGGAACCCUGCUGCUGAUCAGCAGGCUCUUGCACGUGUAUGGCGCGACGGCCAAAAAAAAGAGUGCUUUGUCUAUCGCUUUAUCUCGACGGGAACGAUUGAGGAAAAGAUAUUCCAACGUCAAGCAUCAAAACAAGCUUUAUCUUCUGCCGUCGUCGAUGAGAAGGAAGAUGCUGAACGGCAUUUUUCGGUCGAGUCCCUUAGGCAGCUAUUCCUAUUUAAUGAGACCACGAUUUGCGAUACUCACGAUACCUUCAAAUGCAAACGCUGCAAGGACGGCAAACAAGCUAUCAAGUCACCUGCAUUGUUGUACGGAGAUGCAAGCACGUGGAAUCACUAUACCAAUGAGGAGCUAAAGAAUAAUCACGACGACCUACUCCGAGCUGAAGUAGGCUUAUCUGAGAUCUCCUUCGUUUUCCAAUAUAUCAGUCACUAG